GUCCCAGAGGCGCGCUCUCCCGCCCGCCCAGCCGUCUGGCCCGCGCCUCCGCCGGGCCGCCCUCGCCUGAAGCUCCCUCCCGGCCGGCCGCACCAUGAACACCAUCGUCUUCAACAAGCUCAGCGGCCAAGUGCUCUUCGAGGAAGGCGCCACGGAGAGGGAGCGCAGCGGCAGCCGGCCCUACGCAGGGGUCCUCGAGGUCUCGCCCCACCCGGAGGUGCUCAUGCCCGACAGCCCCUCCAUGAAGGACAACCUCAGCCUUCGGCACCGCAGGACCGGCACCCGUCAGAACAGUGGGAAGGUGAGGCACAAGCGCCAGGCUUUGCAGGACAUGGCACGGCCGUUGAAGCAAUGGCUGUACAAGCACAGAGACAACCCGUACCCCACUAAGACAGAGAAGAUCUUGCUGGCCCUUGGCUCCCAAAUGACUCUGGUGCAGGUAUCAAACUGGUUUGCCAAUGCAAGGCGUCGACUUAAAAAUACUGUCCGGCAGCCAGACCUCAGCUGGGCUUUACGGAUAAAGCUAUACAACAAGUAUGUUCAAGGAAAUGCUGAAAGACUUAGUGUAAGCAGCGAUGAUUCAUGUUCAGAAGAUGGUGAAAAUCCUCCAAGAAGCCAUAUGAACGAAGGGGGAUACAACACACCAGUUCAUCACACUGUAAUUAAAACUGAAAGCUCAGUAAUAAAAUCUGGAGUUAGACCAGAAGGGAGCGCCAAUGAGGAUUAUGUAUCGCCCCCCAAAUACAAAAGCAGCUUGUUGAAUCGUUACCUGAAUGACUCAUUGAGGCAUGUCAUGGCCACAAAUGCAGCCAUGAUGGAAAAAACAAGGCAGAGGAACCACUCGGGUUCAUUUAGCUCCAACGAAUUUGAAGAGGAACUGGUGUCUCCAUCAUCCUCUGAGACUGAAGGCAAUUUUGUCUACCGAACAGAAACCCUGGAGAAUGGAACUAACAAGUGUGAAAGUGCAGCUAACAGAAAGAGAUCAAACAGAGACGAAACGUACUGGAAGGAGAUCAAUGCAGCGAUGGCCUUAACAAACCUUGCGCAAGGAAAAGACAAACUGCAGGGAACGACCAGCUGCAUCAUUCAGAAAUCGUCGCAUAUAUCAGAAGUUAAGACUGUCAAAGUGCCACUAGUACCACCAUUUUAGACUGCCGACAUAUUUCUUUUGCUGCAAGCAGACUUUUGUUCAUGCCGUAGCUUUCUCCUGUAAACUCAAACUCGGUGACCUGAAGCAAGCAUUGAAAAAAACCAGGUUCCUUUCGUAUCAUGGUCAGUAAAAAUAACAAAGAGCACAGUCCGGUGGGAAACUGUCUUGCACAAGCACCACUGAUAUGAAUGGGAACUAUGUUCUUGCAAGGCUCCCAUUCAUUUUAGUGGUGCUCAAGCGGGACAACUUCCGAACAGAUUUUGCCCAAUUGUGGUCAUAAAGAAAUGUUCCUGUAGGCACCAAGUUUUGUUAAGUAUAAGAUCAGUUCUAUGAAGUACAUGUAAAUAAUGGAGGGGGGG